UAUAUACCUCUCGCCCAUCACCAUCUCACACCAAUAGAAGUGCUGUGUAAGCCAACAAUACCACCAAAUCCUUCCCUUUGGUUCAGUCUGUCUGUUUCUCUCUCUCUCUCUCUCUCUCACAGCUUUGCAUCAAAUAUAUUAUUUUCUCACUCUCUCUCUUUCUCUUCCUGGGAGAGCUCACCAUCAAUGGAGUAAAAGCAACUCCGAAAUCCUGGCGUGCCCGAAACCAUUGGGAGAAAUCCAGAAAUAAUCAAACCCCAGAUUGGAUAUUUUGUGCUUUUUCUGGGUUUGUAUGACUUUUUUUGGGGGACUGGUCCAGUGAGAGAAACAGAGUGAAGAACAGAGUAUAAUCCUUUUUAUGAAUGAAGAAAGGAAGUUUAAGAAGAAGUAGUCAACCUGGGAAAGCCCGGAGAGUUUCUGUUGGAGGGUAUCUUCGAUUGCAUCCAUGAAAUUACGGUGGCUCUGGCUUUUUGUGGUAGGAUGAGUGAUUCUGCCUACAGAGUCGAAACCACUUCGCGCCUCGCCCAAUGGAGAAUCGAAAACCCUGCUUCCUGCACUUACCGCAAAUCUGAUCCUUUCAGGAUCGGCAAGUGGAAUUGGCAUUUGGCCGUGGAGAAGAACCGGGUUUUAUUUGUAAAAUUAUAUCCCGAAAUAUCGAAUCUAACCAGAGACAACCCCCCGAUUGCAUCUUUUAUCAUUCGGGUCGUUAGUUCUGCUGGGGAUCGCAAGGCCUUGACCCAUCCAGUAGUAAAAGACAAAUUGAUCAAGAAUAGCGAAGACUUUGUUUGGGCACUUGAGGUUCCAGUAACUGGGAAAUUCAUUAUUGACGUCGAGUUCCUUGAUUUGAAGACUGCAUCCCCAAACGGUGGAGAACCUUGCUCCAUCUGGGCGGAAGGACUUACACCAAAGGCAUCUAAUGCAACAGCUCUUGAAGCUCUUAGUCGGAUGCUAAUUGAAGGGAUCCACACAGACAUAGUGAUCAAUGCAUCUGAUGGAAGCAUUGGAGCUCAUCGCGCUGUUCUUGCUGCUCGAUCUCCUGUCUUUCGCAGCAUGUUUUCACAUGACCUUAAGGAGAAGGAGCUAUCAACAAUAAACAUUGAAGACAUGUCCAUUGAUGCUUGCCAGGCAUUCCUCAAAUAUCUUUAUGGUAGCAUAGGAACUGAAGAAUUUCUCACACACAGGCUUGUCCUUCUUCAUGCUGCUGACAAGUAUGACAUAUCUGACCUGAAAGAGGCAUGCCAUGAAAGCCUUGUAGAAGACAUUGAUACCAGAAAUGUUCUUGAGAGGCUUCAAAACGCAUCCCUGUACCAAUUACCAAAACUGAAGAGUAGCUGCUUACGGUAUCUUGUAAAAUUUGGGAAAAUAUUCGACAUCCGGGAUGAUUUCAACUCCUUCCUGCAGGGUGCAGAUAGGGAUCUGAUUGCUGAAGUCUUCCAUGAAGUUCUCAAUGCCUGGAGAGGGUUCUGAAGAUCUUCCUAUUGCAAAGAAGGAGAGGAAGAAAGGGUGUAUUAUAACAAACAAACCCAUCAUACGGGAUGCUUGGAUUUUUAUUUUUUAUUUUUUGGAAGGAUUUGUUUCCAGGAAUGCUAUUCUUUUCUUCAGAUUGGAAAUUGUUGUGAUUUCAAUGUACAUAUUUAUUGAUGCUCUUGGCAUAUAGACCAAAUCAUUCUUGACUGGAAGAAAAAAUGUAUAUGUGAAGGAAAACAGCAAUGAUUUCAGGAACCCUAUUGGUUCUGACAAUAUAUCACUUUAGAACUUUCUGAUCAA